AUGGAAGAGAUAUUACAGUUCUCUCGUUUCCUCGUCCCUCUCGCACUUCUAUUUGCUCUUAUUCAUGUCUUCAACUUCAAAUUCAAAAAAGUUAGCUCAAAAAAUCUACCACCGGSGCCACCUUCCCUUCCUGUAAUCGGCCACCUCCAUCUCCUAAGAGAGCCAUUCCACCAAAUGUUGCAAAAUCUCUCUCAAAGAUACGGUCCAAUCCUAUCGCUCUCGCUCGGUUUCCGCUCGGUGGUGGUCGUAUCCUCCCCCAUCGCUGCCCAAGAGUGCUUUACAAAAAAUGACAUCGUUUUUGCCAACCGCCCUCGAAUGAUUUCGGGCAAGAUCCUAAACUACAACUACACAACCGUAGGGGCUACCGCCUAUGGUCAACAUUGGCGCAUUAUGCGGCGCAUUGCCACAACGGAGCUACUCUCCACUCAUCGACUCAUCUCCUUCAUUAACCUCCGACAGGAGGAGGUCAAAUUAUGGCUAAAAAAUUUGUAUCGAAUCACUGGCCAAAAUAAUGUGCGAGUGGAGAUAAGGUCUAGACUGACGGAACUGUCGUUCAACAUUGUUUUGAGGAUGAUGACUGGGAAGCGAUAUUUCGGGGUUGAAGUGAAAGAUUCCGAGGAGGAGAGGGAGUUGAAGAAAGUGAUGAAGGAAGUUUCUCUACUAAGUGGGAUGUCGUAUCCAGCUGAUUUUUUGUCGGUCUUAAGACUGAUUGAUUAUCAAGGAUUUAGAAAGAGGUUGUGGAAAGUUUGGGCGGGUGCCGAUGGUUUUGUACAARGUUUGAUCGAUGGUCGUCGUGAAAUGAAAGCUUCGUGUUCUUUUUCACUAGAGGAAAAUUGGAAGAAUAUGAUUGAUACUAUGUUGUCGUUGCAAGACUCCGACCCUGAUUAUUAUAAAGAUCAUAUUAUCAAGGGUCAAAUUUUGACCCUGUUGGUUGCUGGAACUGACACGACUGCRGGAACAAUAGAGUGGGGGAUGUCGCUGCUUCUUAACCAUCCAACAAUAAUGAAGAAGGCUUGGAGUGAGAUAAAUGAUUAUGUAGGUGAGCAACGUUUGGUGGAGGAAGCUGAUCUUGCCAACCUACCAUAUCUUCAGGCCAUAAUCAACGAGACAUAUCGACUAUUUCCGGCGCUUCCAAUAUUGGUGCCACGCGAAUCGUCUGAAGACUGCACAAUUGGAGGGUACGAUGUUCCAAAAGGAACGAUGUUGGUAGUGAAUAUGUGGGCCAUCCAUCGGGACCCCCAAGUGUGGCAGGAUCCCACCCGUUUUCAACCAGAGAGGUUUGAAAAUGGGGAGGUCGUGGAAGUGAAUAAGUUGCUGCCAUUUGGAAUGGGGAGGAGGGCAUGUCCGGGGGCUGGCCUUGCCCAUAGGGUCGUGGGAUUGACAUUGGCCACUCUCAUUCAGUGCUUUGAGUGGGACAGAAUCGACCCAAACGAAAUUGACUUAUMUCAAGGAAAUGGACUCACCAUGCCCAAAGCCCACCCUUUGGAGGCAAUGUGCAAACCUCGUGGUCCCAUGAUUAGUUUACUCUCUCAUCUUUAACUUGGUCGCUAUAACUAAAUAGUUAYGUGUGUUAUAUACUUAUAUUAUAUAUUCAUAAUCUGUUUCUGUAUAGUUAUUUUAUAUCUAAGGAUCAAAGUUUCAAAUUUACAACCUAUUUGAGGAAAUAUUUAGAUAUAAUUAACUUGUUAGGUUCAAUUUGCCUAAGAUGGCUCAUACGUUGCAUCUAAGUUUAUAGCUAUGAAACCCUUAUAAAUUA